AUUUAUGGCAGUUAGGUAUGAUCUAAAAUUGGACCUGACGUUGCUGGUGUCAGCAGAAACAUCUAUAUUAUCCUCUCUAUGCAAACGUUUGAUAUUGGAAACUAUUGAUCAUGAUGAAGUGUAUGUAUACCAACUGUCUCAGUGAAGACAUUUCAAGCAAUGACAGUUAUGUUGAAGUGAAAACUGUCCUUCCAAACGCAGGCGCACUGAAGAAAUUGAAAUCGAAACUGAAAAUAAAAUGGAAAGGAAAUGGGGAGGCAGCUUUCCAUCGACCUUGUUGGAAUGACCUGUUGAAGUCAUCACGCGCGAGAAAGAUAUAUCCAGAUCUACCUGCUUUGUCAGCAGAAGAAAAAUGUUUAAUAAAGCAAGCCUCAAAGACAGCAGAGUUCUUUGAUUCGAGAAACACAGUGAAAGUAAAAGGAGCUAAAUGUGCAAAACUCAUCAAGUCAUCUAAGCAUUGCAUAGCAUUUACUGGAGCAGGCAUUUCAACUUCUGCAGGUAUUGGUGAUUAUCGUGGGAAGAGUGGAAAAUGGACGAAACAAGAUCAUGAUGCAGUGGACAUGGAUGCAGUAAUGGGGACAUCAGGAGAACCGCUAGAUGAGGAAGAACCUGAAGUAGUCACAAAGAAAUUUAAAAGAUCUGAUAGUCUUGACAAUGAUGUCAAAGAAGAGGUUAUGAAAGAAGAGCCUGAAGGUGUGUCAUACGAAUGUCUCCGCCCAACCUACACCCAUGAGGCAAUGCAGAAACUAGUGGAGAAGGGAUACCUCAAGUAUAUCAUUAGUCAGAAUGGAGAUGGGCUACAUGGCUUGUCUGGUGUAGCAGCUGAUAACAUGUCAGAAUUGCAUGGCAAUGUGUUCAUCGAAAUCUGUGAAAAAUGUAACACACGCUACAAUAGGCCAUUCUACACAAUGGAUGAUGCAGGAAGUCAGUAUUAUGAGGAAAUGGAGGAUCGUGGGACAUCUACAGUAUCAAAGCCACCUCAUGCCAAGAAGUGUGAUAAGUGUGGACUAAGUCACCGAACUGGACGCAGAUGCGAUAAUAAGGACUGCAAGGGAUAUCUCAACGACUCCAUCAUCAACUUUGGUGACCACCUGGAAGACGACAUCCUUGACCGAGCUAUGCAUCAUUCAGAACAGAGUGACCUGAUGCUGUGUCUGGGGUCUACACUGACGGUUACCCCCGCUAACUCUCUGGUGGAGAUGACCAAGGAGCGACACAGGCUGGCUAUAUGCAAUAGACAGAAGACUCACAUGGACAAGAAGUUGGGUCAUGGUGUGCGCGUGUUCGGGGACUGCGAUGUGUUUAUGAAGGAGGUGAUGACGGGAGUGUUGGAUGACGAGGAGCUGACCACAUGGGAGGAGGGAAGACAACAGAGGAUGAAGCACUACGACAGUCAGAGGACUCCAGUGUGAUUAGGACUGAAAAGAUCAUGUAAUCUCCUGGUAGUGCUGACAGAAGAUUUGUUUGUUAACUGUUGUAACUCUCCUGACAUGACAAGGCUGUGCAUCCACUUCUGGACCAUAAUGUGGACUCUCUCAGGAAAUCAUCACAUUAAAAACCAUGUGUUGUUUGUGCAGUUAUACAUUUUCAAAUGUUUUUUGUUCCAUAUGGUUGAUUGUUGUGUUUGGUAUGCACCAGUUGUGUACGUUUAUUUCUGACAGCAGGAGCAGAGUCUUUGAAGAAACUCAAGCAUUGUUAGAGGCAUGUGACAACCAGGGCCCCUAUUCUCGAAAGUGUCCCAGCUAAGACAG